UGUCUGCAGCACAGCUUACAGACUAGAGAGAGAGAGAGAGAGAGGGAGAGAGAGAAUGGAUCACGUAGAUAUUGAAGGAUUUCAAAGUGAAGGUGGAGAUGAUCAUGUCAGAACAGGAACAGCUUGGACAGCGACGGCUCACAUAAUAACAGCAGUGAUUGGGGCUGGAGUUUUAGCAGUGCCGUGGAGCGUCGCCCAGCUGGGCUGGCUCUUUGGUCCCAUUGUGCUCAUUCUCUUCGCUUGCAUCACCUACUACACCGCGAUCUUGCUGUCAAAUUGCUACAGAUAUCCUGACAAGGUCACCGGCAGGAGAAACCGCGUCUACAUGGACGCAGUCACUGCAAUCCUAGGACCCAAACAGAAACUACUGUGUGGAAGUGCGCAGCAUGUUGUUCUCUGUGGAGCCUUGAUUGGGUAUACUAUAACCACAGCCAAGAGCAUGAUUGCAGUGAAGAAAUCAAAUUGCUACUACAAACAUGGUCGUGAUGCAGAAUGCCAAACAUCAGGAAAUAUCUACAUGCUGGUCUUUGGUGUACUUGAGAUUAUAUUGGCUCAACUUCCUAACCUCGAGAAGGUGACGUUUCUCUCGUUCAUGGCAGCGACAAUGUCGUUCGCAUACUCGUUCAUCGGCCUCGGCCUUUGUACUGCUAAACUGGCGGAGAAUCAAAGGCUGAAAGGAACUUUAACAGGGAUCAGAGUUGGCAAUGGCGGCAUUUCUGCAGUGAAGAAGACAUGGAGUGUCUUCCAAGCUCUUGGAAAUAUCGCUGCUUCGUAUAGCUACUCUGUUGUUCUUAUUGAAAUUCAGGACACACUGAGAUCGCCACCACCUGAGCAUGACUCCAUGAAGAGAGCUAACUUGUCUGCAAUUGCGGUGACAACAGUCUUUUAUGUUACUCUUGGUUGUAUUGGAUAUGCUGCGUUUGGAAACUCAGCUCCAGGAAAUUUUCUCACCGGCUUCGGCUUCUAUGAACCCUAUUGGCUCAUCGACAUUGGAAACAUCUGCAUCGUCAUCCACCUUGUUGGUGCCUAUCAGGUGUAUGCCCAGCCAGUUUUCCCCCUUAUUGAGAAUUGGGUUGCUGCAAGAUGUCCAAGCUCAAGCAUCUUUGCCAAGGUUUACAGGAUCAACAUGCCGACGGCCAACACUGCAGUAGAAUUGUCGGCAUUGAAACUGUUGUCUCGCUCAGUGUUCAUCGUUCUGAUUACCACUGUGGCCAUGGUUGUGCCCUUCUUCAAUGAGUUCAUAGGGUUGCUUGGUGCAGUCACCUUCUACCCAUUGACAGUCUACUUUCCAGUGUCCAUGUACAUGGUUCAAGACAACGUCGAGAGGGGCAGCUCCAAAUGGCUUACACUGAAGCUCUUGGACUUCUUUGCCUUGGUUGUGUGCUUGCUUGCGGCUGUGGGCUCAGUGGCUGGCAUAGUGGACAGCCUAAGACAUGAUGCUCCUUUUAAGAGUGUUCAUUAAGGAAUG